AUGAUCUGGAAUGCUGGUGGCGACGACGUCAUCACUGCCGAGGGCUAUAACUACUACUCCUACCACCACCACCAGCUGGAACAAGGCGGCGGCCAAUUCGUCGACCAUGGAUUAGGUCAAGCAGCAGAACUACUCCACGCUCCUGCUCUUGCUGCUGGUGGGAGCAGCGGUGGACAUGGUGAUGAUCAGGAUGGAAGUAAGAAGAAGGUGAACCGGAAGGAGAUCGAACGGCAGAGAAGGAAGCAGAUGUCGACCCUCCAUUCCUCCCUCAUUUCCCUCUUGCCACACCACUCCCUCAAGGGAAAGCGGUCGAUGUCGGAUCACAUGGGGGAGGCGGUGAAUUACAUCAAGCACUUGGAGAGCAACAUCGGGGAGUUGAGCAGCAAAAGGGACAAGCUCAAACGAUCCUCAUCAUCAUCAGCUGUCGACCAGCAGCAGCACUCGACCAACACUACUGAUCAGCACAGCGUGACGGUGCGCCCACAUUCGGCUGGGGUGGAGGUGGUGACGAGCAGCGAUAAGGGUGGUGGGUUCGAACUGUCGAGGGUGGUGGAAGCUGUCAUACAAGAAGGCUUCGAUGUCACCAGCUGUGUUUCCACCCAAAGGCAAGCCCGCUUCUACAACACUAUGCAGUGCCAAGUACGUAUUAGUUAA